AUGAGCGAAAUGCAUUCCCCUACUUCCCAAGUAGCGGCUCUUAUUAGCCGAGGCAAAGAACAAGGUUACUUAACCUACGCUGAGGUUAACGAUCAUCUCCCAGACUCGAUCACCGAAAGCGAACAGAUUGAAGACAUUAUCCAAAUGCUUCAAGACGUUGGUAUUCCAGUUCAUGAACGUGCACCUGAAACUGACGAUGCAAUGUUCGAAGGGAAUAGCGAAGCUGGCGAUGAAGUUGCAGAAGAAGAAGCUGCUGCAGUACUUGCCUCUGUAGAAAAUGAGCCAGGUCGUACCACUGACCCAGUACGCUAUUUAGAUCCUGAAUCUGACGAAGUGAUUCCAGAAGUUUUAGAAGACGAAGCUGAAGUUAUCGUUGAAGAAGAAGAUACUUCUGCAAAACCGACUAAAGAAGUGAAGUUGGAUGAUGAAGACGAAGAAGAAGAGUCUGAAAGUGAUGACGAUUCUGAAGGUGAAUCUGGUCCAGAUCCUGAAAUUGCGAAAGCGCGUUUUGAAGAGCUAGAAGCAGUUUGGAACAGUGCAAAAGUCGCAAUUGCGCAACACGGCCGUAACAGUACUCAAGAAAUGAUUCGUGGCACGCACGAACAAAUUCGUACCUCUGAACGUGAAGUGAUGCGUUAUGCAGUUCGUCGUGGUCGUAUGGAUCGUACACAAUUCCGUACAUCAUUCCCAGGUCAAGAAUCAAAUCCUGCUUGGUUAGAUGAACAAAUUGCAAAAGCACCUGCUGAACUAAAAGGCUAUUUAGAAAAAGUUCGUCCAGAUGUAUUGGCAUUCCAACAAAAGAUUGCUGAUAUUGAAAAAAACUUAGAUCUAAACGUAAAAGAAAUUAAAGACAUUUCUAAACGUAUGGCGAUUGGUGAAGCCAAAGCUCGUCGUGCCAAGAAAGAAAUGGUUGAAGCCAACUUACGUAACAUUGGUUUGAUGAAAGCGGUAGACAAGUUUGAAUACCGUCGUGGUUAUAAGUUCUCGACCUAUGCAACAUGGUGGAUUCGUCAGGCGAUUACGCGUUCAAUCGCGGACCAAGCACGUACGAUUCGUAUCCCUGUACAUAUGAUCGAAACGAUUAACAAGAUCAACCGUGUAUCUCGCCAAUUACUUCAAGAAAUGGGUCGUGAACCGACUCCUGAAGAAUUAGGUGAACGUCUAGAAAUGGACGAAGUUAAAGUGCGUAAGGUGCUUAAGAUUGCUAAAGAGCCAAUUUCUAUGGAAACGCCAAUCGGUGAUGAUGAAGAUUCUCAUCUUGGUGAUUUCAUUGAAGAUAGCAACAUCACUUCUCCAGUAGAUGCUGCGACUUCAGAAGGCUUAAAAGAAGCAACACGUGAAGUACUUGAAAACUUAACUGAACGUGAAGCGAAAGUCUUAAAAAUGCGUUUUGGUAUCGACAUGCCGACUGACCACACUUUGGAAGAAGUAGAGAACUUAAUGAUCAAUCUGCUCAAGAAAUAUGAUGUCGAUGCCUAUGCCAAAGCUGAUGCACCAGGUGUUUAUGUCAACGAACGUAAAAUUGGUUCACUGGGCUUUAAAAUCCGCAGAGGACGUAGUUAUCACGGGUUUAGAAAUGAACAAGCCUAUGUCAAACUCAUGAUGGAUGUGAUUGGCAGAGUGAUCGCUGGUCAUGCUGCACUCGAACAUAUUCCUUUCGAACUUGCAUCAUUAGGCGCUAAACGCCCAAUGAUCAUCACCGAUAAAGGCUCAGAAGUGACCUUGGCUGCGGUCGUAUCAGACAAUCAAAAAAAUGUGAAAAUGGCAUUUGCCUCAAAUUACUUAAUGCCGCAUGCGGCGAUUCUCGAUCCGCGUAUGACCCAAACAUUGCCACCACAUCUGACAGCAAUGACAGCGAUGGAUGCCAUGACACAUGCUGUAGAAGCCUAUACCUGUAUUGCAGCGAAUCCAAUUUCCGAUGCGUAUGCAACUGCUGCCAUCAAAAAGAUCAGUACAAGUUUAUUUGAUGUACUGGACCAUCCUAGUGAUGCAACAGGUCGCUUAGAACUUGCUCAAGCCUCAACAAUGGCUGGUGCAGUAGCGCAUUUGCCUCAUGGCUUAUGUAUGAAUCUCUUUCUUCCUUAUGUUUUGGAAUACAACAAGGAAGUGAAUGGUGACAAGAUUGCCGAUCUAUUAUUGCCACUUGCUGGUGCUGAUAUUUACGCACAGACCCCUGCAAACCAGCGUGCGGAUAAGGCCAUAGAGACGUUAAAUACUAUGCGUGAUCGUGUCUAUCAUUUGACGAAGCUUCCACGUACCUUGAGUGAAACAGAGGGAGCUAUUGGCACUAAGUCUAUGUUUGCAGUGAUGUCAUCCACAGAUGAAAUGUUGACAGCCCCCGAUAGUAAAUAG